CAAGCUUGAGUAGUCAGAACUUUUCAGUCACUUAAAAACGUAGGCAACACGUAAAUCCUGCCUUCACCGAAAAAUUCCAAAUUUUUUGUUAACAUGGCUCAUCGCAUCAAGCUCCGUGCCGAUGACUUUGAUGUCGUUGGUGCCGUUCCACGUGAUCUUUCGGUGAUCAAGAAUUUUCUGAAACGGGAUUGCGCCGUCAAGCGUCUCAUUGAAAUUGAGGAGGGCUUUCUCAAGAAAUGCAUGGAAAUGCAGGCCGAAGAGGCCGAGGAAGCGAAAGCCAAGAAGUCACAAUAUGGAGCAAUCAAAGAAGAAAUUGAGCAACCACCUCCGGAUCCAUGCACUAGCACAUCCCCGCCAGAUGCAAAUGCGGCUGACUACUGUGAUCCGUGUCGGCGAUUGAAGACGUCUAUCGUGUUGGAAGAGCUAACGAAGCCUACCACCAUCAAUCCUGCGAUGGGCUUUGCGCCCUACUUUGAUGAGGAGACUGUGUUGGACAAAUCUCAGCCCAUUAAGUUUCGCUUUCGCCGAAGGCCGAACAACUGCGAUACUGAGAUUAGGUCAACGCUGCCCUGCGAGACGACCCAAAAUACAAACGUCAUGGUCCUCACCAACAGCAACGAUAUGAUGGUAUGGCCCAGUCAGAAGGUAGCACAGAUGAAUCGUGUGCCAGUCACCCUGCUAUCGGGCCCCGGCGAUCUCACCGAGUACAUGCUGGAGGAGGAGACAAUCAUGUAGACCGAAAAUUUGGAAUUUGAAAAA